GUUGGGUUGAUGGAUUGUCUGCAGCUGGUGGUGGCGAUACGCCUGACGCAGUGGCUGAUGGUCUACAUGAAGCCCUUAAUCUCACAUACAGACCGCGAGCCACAAAGAUAUGUGUCUGGAUUGGUAAGUUUGUUAUGUGCAUGGCAGUGCGCUAUUACUGAAGUCCUAAGACUUUACCUGGUUGAAAUGGCGCUUAUAAUUAUUGUAAUCUUUCAACAGCUGAUUUGAUGGGGGUUCCUUUUCAUAUUGCGCCUGUAUCUCUUUUGAGAUUCGCCGCCUGCGGGCAAGGGGACAAGAAACCAGUAAAGAGUGUUUUUGAGCCAGUAACGAUUUAAUUUCUACUGCAUGAGUAUAUAUAUGUGCCUGCAUGUUAAAGAACAAUUUCGGCCUGUCGCUAAAAAAGUAGUUCUUUUACUUUAACAUCAUGCCGUUUUUACUUUUUUCAGGAGAUGCUCAACCUCAUGGCCUGCAUCCAGAUCAUGACGACGAAAUUCCCGACGGCUGUCCAAGCAAUCACGACCCAGUUCAAAUAUGUCAUGAAAUGGCUGCGAAGGGUAUUAUCUUGUGUUGUGUUGGAUGUGAGCCAACGCUUCGUCCGUAUAGAGAUUUUUUUAUGGGGCUUAGUCUUAUUACUGGUGGGCAGUACAUUCCUCUUGAACAUGCCGAUUGUCUUCCACGGGUGAGUAAAACAUUGAACUAG